CACUACUUGUAACGUUCACAUCGACUACGAUGUCGUUCGCAGCGACUCGCAGUCUUUCUUUCGCUCGAGGUGCUCAGAGUCUUGUUUCUCGACGUUUGAUCUCAACUACGCCAGUGAUACGAGAGGCAGCAGCUACACCGAACCUCGGUAGCGUCCCACCUCCCAAGAGACCGGUUGGUGCAUUCCGGGGAGGAAUUGUAGGAUUCCUCUUCGGAUUCUCUCUGGCAUCCUCAUAUGCUGCUUAUCAUUUACUUGAUGAGUACAAGCAGGCCUCAGCUGCACUUCAAGCCAGCGUCGACGAGCUACAACAGAGUACUCAGAAGGUAUCCGCGCAUAUUAGAAGAAUAGAAGCCGUAGAGAAGGACUUGAAGGCUUUAAGAGAUGCAUCUGCUAGCAAGGAGGACAUCUCCAGGGUUCGCACAGAGAUGAAGAAGUUGUAUGAAGGACUCCACAUAGAAUUCCUCGACCUUCGAGCACAUGUGUGGGGAAUCCAACAAGACCUUCACUCUUUGUCCAAAAAGGAUUCCAGCUCUAUCACGAUUUGGGCUGGUUCUCCCGGCAGAAGUAUCUUCUUACGGUUGCGCUGACGAUGCUUUCACCUGAGAUCAGCCGCCGUCUGCCCAACUUUCUUCACAUCGAAACCAGCCAUCUGAUGCUAGAGACCUUCAGACACUAAAACUCUAAUGCUUCCUACCCACUGCGCCGGAACAUGACCUUCUUGAUGUUCUUCUAUUACGUUGCCAUAUCUUCC